GGCAGAAGAAGCAGAACAUAUAUGUAUGUAUAUAUAAGCGAACGCUAACGGCAAUUUAUUUUCAGUUGGCUGCGUUAUUUGCGUCGGAGCAGUUGUUACCAGUUUCUCUAUUAUUAUAAUUAUAAAAUAUGAAAAUAUGGCGCUAAAUGUUGAAAUGGAAGAUAUUUAUCGUUUUAUACCAAGAAAUCAAGAAAAUCCCUUCUCAUAUAAUGAGCAGAGUACAGCGAAAAAUGCUGACAGACAAGCAAUGCAAGGACAAACAGAUAUUACUAAUUUGAGAGCAAUCAGAGAUCUAAAUGAAAUACCGACAAGCAUAGCCACGCCACCGCAAUCACCGCCUGGAAUGCCUACGCUCACGUCCAUGUUGACGAAUAAUAACUGUGUACCCCCGGGCUUAGUGAUGCACAUGCCCUGCUAUCUAUGCAAGCAACCUUUUAGUGAUGUGACCAAGCUAAGCGAGCAUCUCAUCCUGCAUGCUAUUGAAAUCCACAAACUUCAAUCAAGCGAACCAUCACAAAUGUGCGAGAAGCAACGUCCGGACGAUCAGCAGAAAGAUCAAAAUUUGCAGCACAAAUGCCCGGAGUGCAGCGUAAGCUACAAGCAAUUAUGCUUUCUCCGCAAGCACAUGCGGGUUACACAUGGCAAGAAACUGUCACCAGCGUCGGUCGCACCACCGGAAAAUCAACUGGGCACGCAGGAAAAAUCCACAAUAGAAGCUACGCCAACAAAGUCGUACCCUAAGGUUUUGACCACACAACAGUUAAAUGCUCUGGCAGCAGCCGAUUAUAAUCCACAACGGGAUUGCGAGGAGAAGUAUUUGCCAUCUUCACCUCCAAGUUCCGGCGGCUUUAAGAAAAAGCAAACGAAAUAUGCGCCACAUUCGCCGUAUUUUAAUGCGAAUCUUUGGUUUUAUUGUGAUAUGUACGUGCCAUAAGAACGCCCCGGAUGGAGCCUUAUUUUAUAUUUCACCAUCGACUGACUUAUACACACUUCAAAUACAAAUAUAGUAAAGCUAGUCUAAGCUUGAGCUAAUCGCAGGCGAAAGCUCCAACAGCAGAGCUGGAAAAAAAUAUUUUAACAUGUUCGCGCAACGAGUCUAACAUAUACUACGUGGAUUGUUCAGUGUUCAGUGUAUACUUAUACUGCCGAUAAGAAACCGUCUUGGAAUAUGAGCGAUCUGGAUUCUGGAUUCGCUACAUUGACAUUUUAUAUAAAACAUUUUGCUGAUUAUGCAUUAAAAUUAAAUCAACGCUUUACAUAAUAAUAAGACAACGUGACGGUCGAGUCAUCAGUUUAAUUAAACUUUUAAACAAACAAUAACAAUUGCUGAUCUAAGUGCUUUUCUCUGAAAUUUAAAGACUCAAACUGAUCGCGCGCUUCAGCGAGAAACGUCGUCAGUCUCCUAUUACGUUUGGAGUCUUGCU